AUGACCCUGUGCAACGUUGUAGAUGUUCCGCGGCGAUUGGAAGAACCCGCUCCGUGUACCGUUGGUCCACCAAACGGGUCCAAACGGGUAUAUAAAGUCGGGCACCGUCGCGCCGCCGGUCACACAGCCAUGGUGCGCGCCGUCCUCCUUCUCGUCGCGGUCGAACUGGCCGCGGGAAUCGUUGCAGCUUCGACGAGGAUUUCGUACGACGGGAACCAGCUGUGGAGGAUUUUCUUGGAGGACGCGGAGGAUAAGAAAGUGAUCGUCGAUUUGAAGAAGGAAGGGUGGAUAUCGACGUGGGGCGGUAACGCGACCAAUUUGGACGUGAUUGUGAAGCCCGAGGCCAUACAGAAAGUCCAGGAAGCUUUCAAAAACGAAGACAUCAAAUUCGAAAUAGUCAUACGAAAUCUACAAGAAGCUAUAGACGCGGAAAACCCGCCAGUGGCCGAUGAUAACGAAGAUCGAUCAGGUUUUCGCUUGAACUGGGUGGCCUACCACAGGACAACAGUCAUAUGGGAUUUCCUGGAGUACUUCGCGAAAGUCUACCCAUCAUUAUGCACCGUCUACAACAUCGGACAAUCGUACGAAGGUAGACCCAUAAAGGUCCUGAAGAUAUCCAACGGCAAUCCAACCAACAAGCCGGUGUGGAUCGACGGGGGCAUACACGCGCGCGAAUGGAUCUCCCCGGCCGCCGUCACCUACAUCAUCAACCACCUGGUGGCCAAGUUCGAAGAGGAAAGCGACUACAUCCAGAACACGGACUUCUACGUGGCGCCCGUACUGAACCCCGACGGCUACGAGUACUCGCACUCGUCCGACCGGCUGUGGCGCAAGAACCGGCGGCCCCAGCAGCCCGACCUCGUCACCGGCAGGGUCUGCUACGGCAUCGAUUUGAACAGGAACUUCGGGUAUAAAUGGGGCUACGAUGGCGUGUCGCACAAUUCCUGCCACGACACCUUCUGCGGUAAAGGGCCGUUUUCCGAGCCGGAAACUCGCGUCAUGAGGGACUUCAUUAAAGGCAAUCUAUCACAAACAUUGGACCGUCUUCCGAAGAAACUGGCGGCGUACGUUUCGUUCCACUCGUACGGGCAGUACAUCCUGUACCCCUGGGGCUACAUGAAGGUGGUGCCGCCGGACUAUUUGGAUUUGAAGCUGGCUGCCGACCAAGCGGUCGAGGCCAUCGUGAGAGUCGGUGGGCCGAGGUACACGGCCGGAUCGUCCGCUGUUACUCUCUAUCCCGCCGCCGGGGGCUCCGAUGAUUGGGCCAAGGCGGCGAUUGGCGCCAAGUACUCCUACACCAUUGAGCUGGGCGAUAAUGGAAGGUACGGUUUCUUAUUGCCGUCGAAGUUAAUAAAACAAACUUCCAAGGAGGCGCUGGCCGCUCUGCGGGUGAUAGUAGAGGCGGCUUAUCUCAAGGCUUAAUCGUGUUUUUUUU